AUGUCUGAAGUAUGUGAAAAUGUGUCUCAUCUAGAGGCAGGCGCUGAAACUGCAUCUAGCCGCAUCGAAGAGUUAUCGGCCAACCUUAAUGCAGCACGAAAGGAGCUAGAGGACAAGAGGCUCCAAUCGCAAGAAAUGGCUAGCCGACAAUCAGUUGGACGAAUUACAAGAACACAUCCUGGUGCAAAGACAAAUGAAUGGAAAAUUAUCAGAAGCAGAAGACAUGGUCUCGAGUUUGCCCUUGAGCAAGUAACGUCCCUAGAGCAGGAAGUAUCCAGACUGCAGGGUCGCAUUGACGAAAACCAGAAAAUUUCAGUCCAGAAAGACGAAGAAAUUGGGCGACUUCUAGCUUCGAAGGAGAAUGCGGAGAGUUGA